AUGAAGGCAAAUUUGCUCUCUGUUAUAACUUUCCUCUUUCAUCUUUGUAGUUGUGGUAAUGUUGAAGAAGAUCGGGACGCCUCUGAAUCUAGUCGGACCCCUCUAGACGUAUCACUCGAUAUAACCAAUAUUAACCCUCUCACAACUAAUGAAUAUACUGAUGUGAUGUAUGGAGCAUUCCAUACAUCAUUCUUCCCAAAAAAUCAUCCCUUUGGAAAGAUUACAGAUGGUAAAGAAGAGAUAUGGACUCAUGUUGGAGAUGAAAGGUGCACCGUAGUUUUCCUAAACUAUAAAGAGGGUGUGAGUAGGUUAAACCUCCACAUCUUGUCUAGUACUGGGUCUGAGAUCAGAUACUACGAAAGGAAAGCUGAAGAUAAUUCUGGAUGGAAAUCCGUACAAGAACGACCAUUAUCUCAAAGUUCAGAGAUUUCGGAUGGAACCGUAGGGGAAUCUGAUGUUACUUCAGACGACUCGGUCAGAGAGGAGAGGAAAUCCCAGCCUCCUGCACCAAGCAAAAGAAGAUUAAAUUUGCUUAGUGUAAUAUCCAGAGGUAGCAGGUCUAACAGUUAUCACUCUGAGAGACAAUUUGAAGAAGUUCCUCCACAAACUCCAGUCGGGGCCACUACCUUAUCAAUUCUGGAUCUUACUCAUCCAGACGCAUCAAUUUGCACAGCUAUUGAUGUAAACAUUACUGGAAUUCUAUCUAGAGUUUACAUAAUAAGGCCAAAAACCGAAGUUAAAAUGAUAAUAUCUGGAAACUAUGAAAUAUGGGAGGGAGCCCCAAAAGAGCGAUGUACAUUUUGUAUAUCAUUUUUCAAAAAUGGAAAACAAAAUAUGGUACUCUUGAGAACAAAGGCGUCAUUCAAACUGUGCUACAAAUUUUACAAGUUCAAGGAAAAUCCUACCAAUUGCGUUUUCACAAAGAAAACAGGAUGGUAUCUAUCUACUAAAAAGUAUAUAGAGAAAAUUAACAAGUUAAGAAUAGGAACUGUGGCUAGGGUAUCGCUGGAUAUUUCAUCGGAAAACGAAGAUAUUGACAAGUAUGUUCUUACCGUUGAUGCGGUAGGUGGUCUUGUUACAAGGUAUUAUGCCACCAGGAAUGGUUUUGUAAUAGGCCAAGUUUCAUACGAACAUGAAAUAAUCUGGGAAGGAAAGGCGAACCAAGCUUGUUUCCUAGCUGAAUUACAUCUAAAUGAGGAUAUUGCGCUUUUAAAACUAUACCUUAGACAAUCUGAACUAUUUUCGUCCUGCUGCUUUAAAAAAAGGGAGGAUGAAUGGAAGAAGAUUGACUACAAAACAUUUGACAGACUCUUGGAUAAAGCACUGGUACUUUGA